AUGCAGACCUCCCCUCUUCUCGUUCAGCAGAUGCUUGAGGAACUCUCUGACGAACUGCCAUCGAGAUGGCAGGCCCAAUGGGGUAUCAUGCAAAAAGAACUCGUUGAAAGACAGGCUAAUCAGGAGAGCACCCCUGAAGAUGAUGAGAUAUUCACGCUUCAUGAAUGGCUAGAAGAGUGUUAA